GAGAGAUAUGCUGGAGGAGCAGCCAGUUUUAUUCAGAAAGAGCCCUUCGAGAAGGCGCAUGUUGAGGCCUGGGGUCGGUACCGAUGACAGGGGUUGGACCUCACUUCAUGUUUGCGCUCGGAAAGGUGAACUCAAAGUGGUAAGAAAACUUCUUGACGAAGGAAUGGAUGUCAAUGUGACUGCAUGGGGCCCUAAAUCCAAAGGGGUGACCCCUCUCCACCUUGCUGCUGAAGGUGGUCACCUUGGUGUGAUGGAUGAACUGCUUGAGCGUGGUGCCAACAUUGAUGCAAGAACUAAGGGUGCUUGUGGUUGGACACCGCUCCACAUUGCAGCCAAAGAGAGGAGGAGGGAGGCGGUGAAAUUCUUGAUAGAGAAUGGAGCAUUCUUGCCACCUGAUAUCAAUGAUAGCAGAUUUAAUCCUCCGCUUCAUUACUGCCCCGGACUUGAAUGGGCCUAUGAGGAGUUGAAGCGACUUCGACAUGCAGACUUAUCUGCGGGGUAGACAUCUUACAGCUCUGAAAGUUAAUUUGCCUUUCAGGGAUUUGGUUGAUGUUCGGAUUUGUCUUGUGUGAAUAAAUGUAGAAUUGGACUAAGCAACGUACUACGCAUGAUUUCCUUAAUGUAUGGGUUGUGUUACAAUGUUAAUAUUUUGGAUGCUCCUCUUAUGGGAAAAAAAAAUGAUAUAAGGUUGUUAAUGUGAUAUGUUGUGCGUUUGUUGAUAUAGUCCUGUCCUUUAUGCAUUGUGUGUGCACACAAUGCUUUGUUCGAGUUCAAAGCCAGCUGUGAAAGUAUCACUAUUGUUAUG